UCUCUCUCUCUCUCUCAACUCGUUUUAUACUGUAUGUGAAUAAAACACUAAAUCACAACUUACAUGUCAAAUUAAUCCAAUGAAAAGAUGAUCAAGGCUUUGGUCAAGUUUUCUGUGAAAUAGAAUUUACACUCACAUCAGUUUUAUUUCUUGUUUUCAUAGAAAGUAGUUUCUAUGGUGGAAUUCCAGUUCAUCCAGUUUAGACUUGAUGGGAAAACCAUGUAGUCUGCAGCCAGGUGCUCUGGCUCUUUCCUGAUACCUUGUGGUCAAACACUGGUACUGUUUCUACUUGGAUCAUUUCAUACAUCGAACACUCGUCUAGUCAGAGAAAAGAAGGGGAUGCAAAUCUCAUCGGUUAUUGAAAUACACAACGGUCAAAUGAUGCAUCGCAAUGCAGCUGUAUUUCUAUAGAUCUAUAAUCCACACUGUGACUGGACUGUAUGAAUGUGACCUGACGUAGCAGAGUUCUGCAGAUGGAGUCACACAUUCAGCUCCAACACCAAAUAUAACAACCUUCAACUCACAGAGGAAACAUGGGUUUGAGCUCAGGCUUCAUUUGAUGGAGUUGGGCCGUUUGGGAGUUUUCCACAUUUUAACUCAUUUAAACAUCAUGAUGAAUCUCAUUGUACGGCUCAGUCCCAGUAGACGCUCCCAGUCAGGACUCAGUGUGAAAGUGAAGAUCUGGAUUCAUGAUCCCACACCGUCCAUUAUUAACUAAAUACAUGAUCCUAAGUUUCUUAUCUACAUCAUAACAUCCCAAUAAAACAUGAACUGUGAACCAGUUCAUCUUCAUGGGUAUGAACUGGACUUUGAACUGGGUGGGUUCAAGAGUGAACUGGUUCAACAGGGAGGAGGAGCCUGAGAACAGGGAGCAGUCAGACUCCAUUUUCACCUGGACGAGCAGAAGGAAGGAAAGUGAGCAGAUAAAGAUUGAAACUGGUGUGAAAGAUCAUUUCACUGUGUUCUGCUGUAAACUGAGCACAGAACCAGAAGGAAAUAGACCAGACCUUGAAUAUCUAGAAGAGCAGCGUGGCCUGAACCACAACUGAGCCGCAGCCGGUGCAACAUGGACGAGGACACUUCAGAGCAAGUUGGACCCUCAACCACAGAAGGUCAGGACCACAGACUGAGAGCAGAGUCUCCAGGGUCCAGCUGUCUGUCUCUGAAGAGUGACCGGUCCAUGGAUCCUCCUCCACUCUUCAGUAAUGAACCUGGACCCUCACACACAGAGGAGAGGAAGAGGAGUCAUGUUUCUGAGGAGGAGCAGUCGUCCUGCUGUGCUUCGUGUCAGGACGUCCUGAAGGAUCCAGUCUCCACCAGCUGUGGACACUGGUUCUGCAGACAGUGCAUCACCUCAUACUGGGACCAGUCUGGUUCUUCAGGAGACUCCUCCUGUCCCCAGUGUGGAAAAAGAUCCAGAACAGGAGCUGGAGGUCAGACAGCCGCAGAUCGUGGUCUGCAGGAGGUUUCAGAUGAACAUAAGCUCAGUGUGAGGAGGAGAUGUGAACAUGUGACUGAAGGAAGUGAUGAAACAGGAAGUAGAACCCUCCUCAACAGGAUCUACACUGAGCUCUACAUCACAGAGGGACAGAGUGAAGAGGUUAAUACUCAACAUGAGGUGAGGCAGCUUGAGACGGCUUCCAAGAAGAAGAUCCUCCAGGACACUCCCAUCAAGGUCCACGACAUCUUUAAAGCCUCCACUGACCAGCAGAGCAGCAUCAGAGUCGUCCUGACCAACGGCGUCGCUGGCGUUGGAAAAACCUUCUCGGUGCAGAAGUUCACUCUGGACUGGGCAGAGGGUUUAGAGAACCAGGAUGUGGGUCUGCUGGCUGUGCUUUCGUUCAGGGAGCUGAACCUGGUGAAGGACCAGCAGCAUAGUCUUCUCACGCUGCUCCAUGUUUUCCAUCCAGCGUUACAGAAGCUCACUGCAGAGACGCUCGCUGUCUGUAAACCUUUGUUCAUCUUUGACGGCCUGGAUGAAAGCAGACCUUCUCUGGACUUCAACCACAGGGAGCUUGUGUCUGAGGUCACACAGAGGUCAUCAGUCAACGUGCUGCUGACAAACCUCAUCCGGGGGAAUCUGCUUCCCUCGGCUCUCGUCUGGAUAACCUCCAGACCUGCGGCGGCCAAUCAGAUCCCUCCUGCAUGUGUUGACAGGGUCACAGAAGUACGAGGCUUCACUGAGGCCCAGAAGGAGGAGUACUUCAGGAGGAGAUUCAGUGAUGAAGAGCUGUGCAGCAGAAUCAUCUCACACAUCAAGACGUCCAGGAGCCUCCACAUCAUGUGUCAAAUCCCAGUGUUCUGCUGGAUCAGUGCUACAGUUCUGGAGCACAUGUUGACCACAGACCAGAGAGGAGAGCUGCCAGAGACCCUGACUGACCUGUACUCACACUUCCUGCUGGUUCAGACCAAGAGGAAGAACAACAAGUACGGUAAGAAGAGGACUGACAGGGACGUUCUCCUGAAGCUGGGGAGGCUGGCACUUAAACAUCUGGAGGAAGGAAACAUCAUGUUCUACCAAGAAGACCUGGAGCGGUGUGGUCUUAAUGUCACAGAGGCCUCAGUGUACUCAGGAGUUUGUACUGAGAUCUUCAGAAGAGAGUGUGUGAUCUUCCAGAAAUCAGUCUACUGCUUUGUUCAUCUGAGCGUUCAGGAGUUCCUGGCUGCAGUCUACAUGUUCCACUGUUACAUCGAGAGUAACACAGAAGAAGUCAACAACGUCUUGGGAACAUAUGGGUACACAUGGGGUACCUUCUCCCUGGAAGACCUCCUGAAGAGAACCAUGAAGAAAUCCCUCACCAGUACAAAUGGUCAUCUGGACCUGUUUGUUCGCUUCCUUCACGGCCUCAGUCUGGAGUCCAACCAGAGAGUCUUAGGAGGCCUGCUGGGUCAGACAGAGAACAAUCCAGAGAUCAUCCAGAGAGUCAUCAACAACCUGAAGAAGAUGGAGAGUGAUGACAUUUCUCCUGACAGAAGCAUCAACAUCUUCCACUGUCUGACUGAGAUGAACGACCACUCAGUUCAUCAGCAGAUGAAACAGUUCCUGACGUCAGAGAACAGAUCAGAGGAACUCUCUGAGAUCCACUGCUCAGCUCUGGCCUACAUGCUGCAGAUGUCAGAGGAGGUUCUGGAUGAGUUGGACCUGGAGGAGUUCAACACAUCCAACCAGGGUCGACUGAGACUGAUCCCAGCUGUGAGGAACUGCAGGAAGGCUCGACUCCGUGGUUGUCGACUCUCAGAGACUCACUAUGAAGUCGUGGCCUCAGCUCUGAAGUCAGACCCCUCACAUCUGAGAGAACUGGAUCUGAGUGACAACAAGCUGCAGGAUUCAGGAGUGAAGCUGCUGAGUUCUGGACUGGAGAGUCCAAACUGUCGACUGGAGACUCUGAGGUUGAUGAGCUGCAGUCUGUCAGAGAUCAGCUGUUCUUCUCUGGCUUCAGCUCUGAGGUCAAACCCCUCUCAUCUGAGAGAACUGGAUCUGAGCUACAACAGAGACCUGCAGGACUCAGGAGUGAAGGAGCUGUGUGGUUUUCUACAGAGUCCGGCCUGUCGACUGGAGACUCUGAGGUUGUUUCGCUGCAGACUGUCAGAGAUCAGCUGUUCUUCUCUGGCUUCAGCUCUGAGGUCAAACCCCUCUCAUCUGAGAGAACUGGAUCUGAGUCUGAACAACCUGCAGGACUCAGCAGUGAAGGAGCUUCUUGAUCUACAGCAGAGUCCAACCUGUCGACUGGAGACUCUGAGGAGGAUCCAAGUGAAGCUACAGGAGUUUCAUUAACGUCAACAACUUGGACCAAACAGUUUGUUUUGCUUGAUGAAGAGCAGGAAGGGCAGCCUGGAGAGAAAGAGAAGCCGGGUUGAGCCCACUACCAUCAUCCACGUACCACGAGGAAGAUGAGGGAGAGAAAUGAUCCUACCAUUAAAGAGACUGUGAAAAGAACGUUGAGAACAUCACCACUCUACAGGAAGACACAGUCCAGUAAUGGGUGUCAGAAGUUCAGUAGUGAACGACAGGUACUGUGGAAAAAUAUGUGUCAUUGUUGUACAAUGUCCUUUGACUCUGUUUAAACAAGGUCAACACAAAAAGGUUUGAUUGUAAACUGAUAUCGGUAUGAAUUCAUGUUAUUCUCCUCUUCACAAGAAACAAACAAUCCAAAUUACCUGCAGAAAGCCCUUGAUGGACGCUUCAGCUGCAUCGUCAGACUGGUGAGACAGCAAGAUGCCAACUUUAAUGCCAAUUUAUUUGUGUAACAUUCUGUGACCAAAUGUAUAGAUAACUUUUUGUAGAUUGUAAAAAUAGAUAACCCAUUUAUUACAAAAAAACUACACUAGAAUUAUCGCACUGCGUUGUAUGACUCCGCUAACCAGAGCAGUGUCCGUCUACAUAUUUCUACAUAUUUUCUCUCAUAUAAAUGACACUGUAUCUCUUGACAACUGAAACCAUAAGAUGAGGUCAGUGUGGCCUUGACCUUUUUACUUUAAGACAAAUACAAAGUUAGACAAUCCGAAAACAUGCAGUUAUGCCUCCGGCGACUCGCUAUUGCAGAGGCAUUAAAACCGUAGUGUAGUAGAUUGGAUUUUAUUGGUGUUACAUUGGACAUCUUGUAUGGGUACACCAAAAAAUAUAUUUGGUUUCACAUUCUAGAUGGCAAUAAGCAGAGUCAUCAACUCAGGAAAAAUAUUUCUGUAGAAAAGAAAGCCUUGUAUGUGUGUAUGUAUACAUACACACAAACGCACAAUUGAGAUGUUUUUGUCUUUUAUCAUAUAUUCUCAGGCAGUACUGAUGCAUUUACUGAGAGGGGACGUGAGGGCCUACUCUGCGUGCUCAGAGUUCAAGCCCAGCAGGCUGCAGCGGGCCUGACAUAUUCUGGAACAGCAGCACAGUCUUUGGAUGACUCCUCUGAAGAUGAAAACAUGGCGAGUUCUUCUCAAGAGAAGCAGUACAGGUGUGCCUCAGCUCCACGGUCCCUCCUGCAGCCUCCGCUCCUGAUGCUAACCUCAUGUCUCCAUCACACCAAGCAGCAGACCUGGAUUGACAGACCUUUCUCCAGAGCUGCCCCCUCCCUCUGAAACCCCCCUCUCCAAAACACUAUUUGUGUAGUUUU